CUAACUUCAGUCAGAGAAGCUGAGGAAGGAGCAAGAUGCAAGGAGCUUUAUUUAAAGUAACACAAGAGUACUUGGAUUUGAACUGCGCGUGCUUUAUAGUGAUGCUAAGUGUUUAUAUUGAGGCUCACACCAUUUCUGUGGAUAGUUUCUUAAUGGAAUCUGAUUGAAUAUUAUUUUUUUUUUGUACUUGUGGAAAUUUGUUUCCCUGCGUACUGGGAAUGAAAUCAGUUUGAGAAGCUCAAACCAGUACCAAACUGGAGAACUGUUAAUUGCAAACGGCAAAUUGAAAAAACCCUGAAAGGUCUAUUAAAAAUAAUUUAAAACGUGUGCCAGAUGAAAUUCUUUAUGUGGGUAGGGAGAAUGUUGCCUUGAGUUUUACAUUAUUUUUUACAAAAUUACCGUACAAACUUCAAUUGAAGUCAAGUGUAACUUUAUAAUUUUAAAAAAGAACCACAAUGUGUUUAAAGAAAAUGUUUGCUGUCCAAGCUGUGGAAUCGCUGUAGUUAGUUAGGUCUGCUUAGCUGUGUUUCUAAACUGGGAGGUUGGGAAAAGCUGGGAAAGACUCGGAAGGAGAUCUGGGGAAUGUUUGAGAGACGGAGAUUGGGAUUCAAGAUCAGGCGCAGCUCGGACCUGCGGCUGAAUUCGGAGGAGACAGUCUGUCUGAAGAGUUUCCAUGCCAGAGACGUUGAGGGAGAUCUGGACCCAGUGCAGGAGUGGGGAGAUGAGUCUGAUGAUGGUGUGCUCUACAGCGUCACCUUGAGGAGGAUUCCGGUAGAGCAGUCCCAGGGCAGCUUCGUCCAGUACAAAACCAUUAAGGUGCGCAGCGUGAAGGCUGCCACACUGGAAAGACUGGUGUCCCUCCUACUGGAGCCCGGCACGGACCCCCACUUCACCACCGUCUUCCUGUCAACGUACCGGGCCUUCACCACCACUCAACAGCUCCUGGAGAUGGUGCUUGACAGAGCAAGCAGCUUCGACGGAAACAACAACGAUGACAACGCUGACCAGACUGGCUCCGGAGUCUGCAAGAGGACUCUGUCCUCUCUGCUCAGUCUCUGGCUGGGUGAGUUCAGUGAGGAUUUCCGUGACCCCCCACAUCACUCCUGCCUGCUGGUGCUGUGCUCAUACCUGCGCAGGGACCUGCAGCUUCGCUGGCUGUGUCUGCAUGUAGAGAAGCUUCUGCGGAGCUUCAGUGCGGCAGAGAGUUGCCGUGGAAACCAGUUCAGCUUCCCUUUGAGCGGGGAGGAAGUUGAGAAUUACAGUUCGCCGGGGAGGUGGGACUUCCUGACUUUCCCUUCCAGGGACGUCGCGGAGGAGCUCACUCGAUUGGACGCUGAUCUGUUUGUCAAGGCGAUCCCCUUCCAGUGUCUGGGCUGCGUCUGGUCCCAGCGCGACAAGAAGGAGAACAAACACCUGGCGGCCACCAUCCGUGCCACCAUCUCCCAGUUCAACAGCGUCACCAACUGUGUGAUCAGCACCCUGCUGAGGCAGCCCGCACCCCCGCCCGUCCGCGCCAGCGUCAUCGAGAAGUGGAUCCGAGUGGCACAGGAGUGCCGAGCGUUGAAGAACCUCUCCUCUCUCAGAGCCAUCCUCUCUGCACUACAAUCCAACUCCAUCUUCAGGCUCAAGAAGACCUGGGCCGCAGUCUCCAGGGAGAGCUUGUCAAUCUUCGAGCAGCUGUCAGAAAUGUUUUCGGGUGAGAAUUGUUCUCUCAGCGGGCGUGAAAUCCUUCUGCAGAGCCCUGGCUGUGGCGCUGUCCCGUACCUCGGCACCUACCUGACCGCCCUGACCAUGCUGGACUCCGCCCUGCCCGACACUGUGCAGGGCGGACUUAUCAACUUUGAGAAGCGGCGACGGGAGUGUGAGGUCCUGUCUCAGAUCAGACAGCUGCAGGGGUCCUGCUUGCAAUACAAGCUGAACGAUCACCCAGAGAUCAGCUCCUGGCUGCGCAGUUACAAGAGGCUGUCUGAGCGGGAGAGCUACGACCUGUCCCAAGAGGUGGAGCCCCCUGUGGACUCCUAUCCUGCCUCCACUGGAACCUGGAACCACCGGACCCUGGCCAAGAAGAUGAUCUGGCUGCUGAUGGGCUCAGAGGGGUCCGGCUCUAAAUCCAGUCCGGACCUGGUCAGUCUCACCUCCUCGGGAUCCAACGGGUCCGAAACGGAAGAUCUUACCGUACCCAGCUCCCCCCGCCGAGCAAAGCACAUGGUACGACCCUGGGUCCUGUCUGGCUGCUCUCGGGAUCUGCGUGACGAUGUCUUCAGCUCCUCCGAGCCCUCCAGCCCCCUCCCCUUCCUCCAUCCACUCCAGCACCGCCGCUCCGCCUCCAUGACCUCACUUCCUGUCUACAACCAGCAGAUCGACGACUCGUGCAUCGUGCGGGUCAGCGUGGAGUCCAGCAACGGGAACCUUUACAAGAGCAUCCUGCUGACCAGUCAGGAUAAAACGGUGUCAGUGAUCCAGCGAGCUCUACAGAAACACAACGUGGAAAGUGUGCGUUCCGAGGACUUCCAGCUGAGCCAGGUCCUGCCAGGGGGCAAAGAGCUGAUCAUCCCAGACAAGGCCAAUGUGUUCUACGCCAUGUGCACCUCGGCCGAUUACAACUUCAUCCUGAAGAGGAGGCGGGGCCACAAGACUCCACCCACCCCCACUGCGGGGUGGAAGAAGUAGAACUGCUGCCCUCUAGUUGUGGGGAGGACAAACGACAAAAAUGAAGUCUAUCCUAUUUGAAUGUAACGCAAGCAAAUAAGAACCAGAAAUGACUGCAAACCCAAACAAAACCUGCUUUUCUGAAGCUAUUUUAAAUGUCUGGCGCUCCGACAAGACUGACCGCUGAUUGACCACUGUCUUCAUUUCCAAGAAUAAGAAAUUCACGAUGGCUACGAGCCCAACACAAGAGUUCACUGCUGUGUUCAGUGUGCCGCUGCGUACGAUUGCAGGCAGGCUUCCCCACAUCCAAUCGAAUGAACCCUGCAAGAGAACGAGGAUGGAAACUGAACUGGUUUGCAUGUUCUCUUUUAAAACUGAAGGCUUCACGCUGCUAAAGCAAUAACACAUCAUAAGGAAAUGUCAUAAUAACUCCUGCAGCUACUGGCAUGUAGGAAAAAACGUCGCUUAGUUUUUAGGUAUCAAGUUCCACAUGUUUCAACAAAGACCUUAACCCCCUGUCAGCCAGUUUGCGUGUUCUGUUGCCAUGGAGGCACCCUUUUUUGUUGCCGUGGAGACGCCCUGUUUUGUUGCUGUGGAGACGCCCUGUUUUGUUGCCGUGGAGACACCCUGUUUUGUUGCCGUGGAGACGCCCUGUUCUGUUGCCGUGGGCAGCCGUAGCCAGGCAGUGGAAACCUGGUAUAACAGCACAUAAUGAAGCAGUAAUGAAGGAUAUUUAUUGAAGCUGUGUUUAGAUAUGUGUGUUUAGUUAAACUUGUACAUGUUUAUUGCUGUGUGUUUAAUUUAUGGUGUGCCUGUUUCAAACGUUCUGAUUGAAUUACUUGCCUUUUGUCUGCGAUUGCCGGUCGGACAACAAUAUCGAAACUCCUGCCAUAUGCACCACAUACUUUUGUAUAAAACGUAGACUCGCUCGCUGACAUGUCCAGUCAGUGCCGUCCUGGACUACCCACGCUGGCCCCACACCCUAUUGACAAUGUUAUGGCGGGUCAUCCACUUGUUUGGGCUGUGCUUGUCCAGUGUGUGGAUAAGAGUAUCUUGAUAAUGAAUAAAGGCAUUUGUUCA